AUGUUUACCGGGAAAGUCGUUGUUAUAACUGGAGCAAGUUCCGGAAUCGGGGCCGAAACAGCCUUGGAAUUUUCAAAACUAAAUGCAAACCUGGUUCUAACAGGGAGAAAUGAAGAAAAUUUAUCCAAAGUCAGUCUGAAAUGUGAGGAAAUAUCCCCUAGUAAAUUAAAACCUCUGAAAAUUGUUGCUGAUUUAACCAACGAAAAAGAUGUAGAAGAUAUUAUUAACAGCACACUAAAAAAUUUCAAGAGGAUAGACGUUCUAGUAAACAACGCUGGAGUAUUAGCCACUGGUUCUAUAGAAACAACAUCAUUAGAUCAAUAUGAUUUCAUUAUGAAUACAAACGUACGCGCCCCAUACCAACUAACUAUGCUUGCUGUACCGUAUUUGAUUAAGAGUAAAGGGAAUAUUGUUAAUGUAUCGAGUGUUGCAGGAUUGAGGUCUUUUCCAAAUAUAGUUGCAUAUUGCACUUCUAAAGCAGCACUAGAUCAGUUCACAAGGUGCAUUUGUCUUGAAUUAGCGCCCAAAGGUGUGAGAGUCAAUGCUGUUAAUCCUGGUGUGAUCGAAACAGGAAUUCAUUUAAAAGGAGCGAUGACUGAAGAAGAGUAUAAGGCCUAUUUGGCAAAAUGCAAAGACACUCACGCUUUAGGCAAGAGUGGUAAUGUUAAAGAGGUAUCCUCUGUUAUAGCUUUUUUGGCUAGCGACGCUGCCAGUAAUAUCACUGGUGCUACAUUACCUGUUGAUGGAGGCCGACAUGCUAUGUGUCCUCGUUGA